AUGGAAGAGCUCCUUCUGGGACCUGUUCACAAGCAGGAUGUUCUUACUGGAGAAAAGAGGCGGCAUUGGAGCAUUCGAGCUCCUCAGACACUGUUACGUAUGAUAGAGGAAACAGACGUCACCUCAACCUGCUCUACCACCACUGGAGAUGGCCAGGUUAUUAUAAUUGAAGACGCUUCAGAUAAUAGGAAACAGUGGAGACAGGAAUCACCAGGGACACUAAUGAAUAUGUUAGCGGGAGCAGAGCUGGCCAGUGACUCCUUUUCUGCAAAUGAACAAGAGUUUGUGGAAACAUUAAAGUACUGGCUUUCCAGUGCUGAAGAGGAGGGGAAGGUGGAACCAACCUCUGCUGCUGUUAUGGAUGAAGAACAACUGGA